AUGAAGUUCUUCAGGGUGAGGAGGAUAAGUCACAACAACCACCAUUUCGAGAACAACGACCAUAUCUGGUAUCCCCCACCACUUAAGGAUGGCACUGAGAGUAGUGGCUUUCUGUACGACGAAGAGGACAGUGAUAGUGAACACUUUGCGUCUGAGUUUUCAUUGAGCAUGAGCUUUUCUAGUCAUAAUCCAGCCAGAGAAGACCCUCUUAGAACUGUGGAAAAUGACCAACUUCGAGCUCUUGUGGCAGAGUUAUUACACGGAUACAACACCGACUGGCUGGACAUCGUUACUACUUUAGCACGGAAGGCUGCAAGUUUCAUUAAGCCAGAUACUACUAGCAUAGGCACCAGUAUGGAUCCUGGACAUUAUGUGAAAAUAAAAUGUUUGGCGUCGGGAAACCCAAACCAAAGGUAG